GCGUAUGGAUAAGAUAUUACAGGGAAUACGUACUGAGGUGUUAAUAAAAAACGACGUAAUUCACUCAAGUAGUUUUCAUAAACUGUGAACAAUCGCGAAGGCAAUGAAGACACGAGUGACAUUGUGCAUUGGUUUUUUUGUGCUUUUGGUUUCCUGGAUUUUUUUCUUCCAUUAUUGUUGCCAUAACAUUGGGCAACAACAAUUUAUUCCAAUAAAUAGGUUUUUUCGUGGGUCGGCCUAUCCACGUAAGGAUCCACAACAUUACAAUGGAUAUAACAACCAGAUUUUAUUUUCAUCUUUUUACACUUAUAACAACACGUUAAAAUCAAAUUUCGAGAAACAAUAUACGAUACCGGCAGACGAACCAACUCUCUCAAAUACUUCACUUAAGAUUAUUCUUAUGUGGAAUGCUUGGAACUUGAGAAUGGCUGAUGAACCAUUAGUCAAGGCGCAAUGUCCAAUCCGAAACUGCGUAUUCACAACUGAUAUGUCACUGAUCAAUCAAAGUGAUGCAAUUGUGCUUCACUUUGAUACCCUAGAAGAUUUCCCAUUAAAUCGCCAAUCGCACCAGCGUUAUGUAUUCUAUCAUUUUGAGUCACCCGAUAAUACGGCAUCUCACAUAAUGAAUGAUCCACGAUUCCGUUAUGGUUACUUCAAUUGGACAAUGACCUAUCGGAGGGACUCGGAUAUAUUUCUUCGCGACUAUUAUGGUUCACUCGUUGCAAAAACUUCUAUUGACAACAAUACCCGUGGUGCAAGGUAUAACUAUGUUAAACAUAUCAAUGACAAGUCAUAUGUUAAUCAAAUAGAUAUUAAAGCUCAUGUGUCAGGAACAGAAAUAACUAUACCGCUUGAUUUUGAAAAAGUUAUCAGAGGUAAAACAAAAAUGAUAACAUGGUUUGUGGGUCACUGUUCCACGCCAAUUCGACGAGAGGAAUAUGUUCAUAAACUUAGUCAAUAUGUUCCUAUAGACGUUUAUGGCAACUGCACAGAAAAAUGUCCGUCUCACUGUGAUGAGAUGUUGCGUACUCAAUACAAAUUCUACUUGGCAUUUGAAAACUCUUGGUGUCCUGACUACGUAACAGAAAAGUUCAUCCGGCCUUAUUUGUAUGAAGCCAUACCUAUUUUUCUUGGAGGUGCAGAUUACAGUAAAUAUGCCCCACCUAACUCUUACAUAAACGCUCGGGACUUUGCCUCUCCAAAACAAUUAGCUGAAUAUCUUAUGCUACUAGAUAAAUCGGAUUCACUUUAUGCCAGUUACUUUUCAUGGAAAAAAGAUUACUAUGUUUCAGUUCCGGACAUGUUUGGAUGGUGCGAAUUAUGUCGCAUGAUUCAUGACAGCAGUCUUCCAAGACAAGUUUACCCCGAUAUAAAAAAAUGGUGGAUGUCAGAAGCAGGGAAGUGUGAAUCAGAUUCAACACAGUAUUUCUAAACCUUCAUACACAAAAACUUCAGAUAAGCACUGUUUUCUUUAAAAAAAUAACUAAUUGCUAGUGUGAGAAAUUCAUGACUUCAUGACAUUAAUAAGCAAUUGAUGUU